CGCGCAAUCUUCCAAGCUUUCUCGGAGACUUUUCUCUCCGGAUGGAACUAAAGAAAGAGGAGAAAUGCCGCCUUUGUUAGGGUUCUUGGAGAAGUUUAGGGCUUUAGCGCAGGAGAGAAGGCGCGCGCCAGUCUCUGCCUCCGCAUUGCGAUUGCGCAAAUCUAUGGAGGAGCUCGACAAGGAUUCGCCUCUGGCGUGCUUGCGAUGCAGCAAGCCCGCGCACUUCCGGUGUCCCAAAUGCUUAGACCUCAAGCUUCCUUGGGCCAGUGCCUCGUUCUGCUCGCAGGAUUGCUUUAGAGCUGCGUGGAGCACACACAAGGCGAUUCACGCAGGCGUGCUGCCUGAGAAAUCUGGGAGCGAUCAACAAGUAGUGGAAGCUAUGAAGCAAGGAUGGCAAUACUGCCUACGUAAAGGAUCAGCGCGUGCUUCCGAGAUUCCUUUCUUCGAUUGGACUGGAGCUUUGAGACCAUAUCCUAUUUCUCCAAGGCGUCUUGUACCAAACCAUAUUCGUCGACCCGAUUGGUCACUUGAUGGGGUUCCAAAAGAGGAACCGGCGAGCAAAUGGCAAAAUAGUGUGGAGAUAAAAUCUCAAGAACAAAUCCAGAGAAUGCGAGAGACUUGCAAGGUCGCCAGAGAAGUGCUAGACGCUGCUGCAAGAGCAAUCAAGCCCGGUGUUACGACCGAUGACAUCGACAGAGUUGUCCAUGACGCGACUAUAGCAGCUGGCGGAUAUCCAUCUCCUUUGAAUUAUCACUUCUUUCCAAAGUCUUGCUGCACAUCAGUGAAUGAAGUUAUCUGCCAUGGAAUUCCAGACGCAAGGCGCUUGGAAGAGGGCGACAUCGUUAAUGUCGAUGUCAGCGUUUACUUGAACGGCUGCCACGGUGAUCUUAACGAGACAUUUUUCGUUGGACAAGUCGAUGAAGCAUCGGUCCAUCUGGUCAAAAGCACUUACGAGUGUCUUGAGAAGGCCAUUGCCAUAGUAAAACCUGGAGUGAGGUACCGCGAGGUGGGAGACGUGAUCAGCCGCCACGCUGCAAUGACAGGCCUGUCGGUGGUAAAAUCUUAUUGUGGACACGGCAUAGGCGAGCUCUUCCACUGCGCACCCAACAUACCGCACUACGGACACAACAAGGCAGUCGGGACGAUGAAAGCGGGUCAGAUAUUUACAAUUGAGCCGAUGAUCAACAGAGGGAUUUGGCGUGAUAGAAUGUGGCCUGAUGGCUGGACUGCUGCAACAGCUGACGGCAAACGCAGCGCGCAAUUCGAGCACACACUGCUGGUAACGGAGAAUGGUGUGGAGGUGUUAACAGCGCGUCUGCCAAGCUCGCCUAGUGUGUUCCCAUGGCUGCUGGGCGGGGGCGGCGGCUCCACACAAUAAGACGUAACUUCUAUAUAGGAGAAGGGGCUCGCUCACUGCUUGACUGGUGCGAUUUGUCCCCACGUGGACGGCGGCGACGCGGCCCGCGUGUCGGGAUAUUCUCUCCCCCUGCCGGCGAAUAUGCCGCUUAACCAAACCCGGGUGGGUUAAGCUGUGA